AUGAUUUUGAUAUUGCUUUGUGUUUACCCUGCCGCAACCGCGCCCAUGUCCCACCACUCGCACUUAUCACCGCCAGGCGAUUCCAUUGAUGACUUACUCCGCAUAAAGGGCGACCUGCCUGAGUCCAGAGCAUCGUUUCUCACCAAAAGCAGCGCCGGGACCCCCUCCGUUCUCCCUGUGCUUUCCCUGGCGAAGGCUUGCCGGACGGAAAUCGAACUCUACUGUGAGAAGUCCUCGUUACACCCGUUACAGUGUUUGCUCGAGCAUUACUACACCCUCCGUAACAAGAACCCCCUCAGGAUGAUGGACCUUUACUCCGAGCUGUGCUACAGCUGGUUGAACGCGCGGGAUGUCUGUGUGACGUCGCUACGACAACAGUGGAACAAGCUUUGCGGCGAUGAGGGUUACGCGAUCAAUGUGCGGGAAUGCCUACGACGGGUUCCGCCGCCUCUCUUGCCCGAGGACUGUAGGGAAAGCGAUUACUACCAUAGUGUUCGUCUCGCCGGAAGGCUUCGCCGACAAUUCUUCGGUCACGCUAAUGGAUCGGUGAACGUGGCGACGGGGGAAAAAUAG